CACACUUCAAUCUCAUCCGCGUGGCAGCAUGGGCCUCCUGGCCCUCCUGGGCAACGUGCUCAGCCUCCUCGCCCUAGGCUGGUACGUAGUGAUAUGGUCCAUCUGUCUCUUCGGCCUGGCGAGGGCGAGAGCCAUGUUCCUAGUGCGCAGCAGCAGCAGCGACGCCGAGGCCAAUUCCAAGCUCGAAGUCGACGAUGAGGAAGACCGCAUGGACGAAGACGACGACGACGCCGCCUCCCUCCCGUGCGUCUCCAUCCUCCGACCCCUCUCCGGCAUCGACUGCGGUAGCCUCUCGCUCAACCUGGCCUCGACCUUCCACCUUGACUACCCGGCGGAGAAGUACGAAGUAAUCCUCUCCGUAGCCAACCCAGAUGAUGCGGCCCUGCCCCUCGCCCGGGAGGUGGUGCAUCGAUACGCCUCGUCGAGCGGCAGCCGCGGGGGCAGCGAGCCAAGAGCACGCAUAGUCGUCGGGGACAUCUCUGCCGGUGUGAACCCCAAAGUGAACAAUCUAUUGCGCAGCUACGUAGAGGCGAAACAUGAUCUGCUCUGGGUCCUCGACUCGCAGGUAUGUCUUCAUCCUCAAGCGCUAAGACGAUCCGUCAAGUACCUACACGAUGAGCCUGCCCCUGCACCUCGACCUUCACCUCGAUGGAUGAAUCGUAAACCGCAUGGUCCCAGAGUGGGAUUAGUGCACCAUGUACCCUUGGGGGUGAUACCCCCGCACUCCCGCGCACCGGCGGGCUGGGGUUCCUUGGUGGAACGCGCCUUCCUCGGCACCACGCACGCCAAGAUGUACAUCGCAAUCAACUCCCUCUCCAUCGAGAGCUGCGUAAUGGGCAAGUCCAACCUCUGGCGCCGUUCCGAUCUAGAGAGGGUAUCGGACACCUUUUUCUCUGUUGGUGGGGACGGCCGACGAGAGGGGGACGGGGAGGGGGCCUUGGGCAGUGAGGCGUUUCGGCUUGCGCAUGGGCGGCGGGGAGAUGCGCGAGACGAAGAGGAUAGCGAGGAGCAGGACGGCGACGAAGAGGAGAAGACGGAACUUCCCCCUCUGACAAGUCAAACAGCAAAGUCAAGGAUCCUCCGACUCUCCCGCCCAUUAGCGCGUUUCUCCAUCUACCUAGCAGAGGACAACAUGCUAGCCCUCUCCCUCUUCUCCCCCCCUCUUUCCCUCGCCCAUCACCUCAGCCCCUCCCCAGCCUGUGUAGCACGUACAGACGUGAGUGAUGUGCGUACAUUGCGGGACUACGUGGGUAGGAGGAUGCGAUGGAUCCGCGUAAGGAGAUACAUGGUUCCAGCAGCUACGUGGAUCGAGCCCUUCACGGAGAGUGGGGUCGCGGGGCUGCUAGCCUUGGUGGCGGCAAGAUGGAGGGGGUGGGGGAUCGUGCAGGGUGGUGGAUGGGGCAGAGCGCUUGGGGUGCUCUUGGUGCACUUUGCGCUUUGGCUCCUUGUGGAUUUGGGCGUCUUGCAUGCGUUGGAGAGCGGCGGGGGGGAUGCCCAGCUCGGAGCAGCAACGGGGGAAGACGAGGAUGACGAGGCGCACUACGAGUCGGCAUCAUCGCAUAGGCGCCCUAUCUCCCCAUCUCGUAGCCGUCGCCUCUUCCCCACCACCUCCUCCCUCCUUUCGUUCCUCCUCGCCUGGGUCCUACGCGAACUACUCGCACUACCCAUCUGGGCCUGCGCGAUAUGGGGCGGUAACGAGGUGACAUGGCGCGGUACGCCCUACAGGAUUCUGAGCGAUUCGAGGGCGGCGCAGUUGAGUCGUGGGAGCAGAGGGAGGCGGGGAUGAAUGCGAAGGAGCGAAGGAUGGGGGGGUUUAGAUUACAAGCGGUGAAAGAGAGAGACGAGAGAGAGGGAGAGUAGGGGAUACAAGAGGAGCCACACCUACGCCGAUUGUAACAUCGCAAUGAUAGUCCAGACCGGUCAGCUGACCAGCGCCGAUUAGCAGAACUUC